UCUGUGGAUGGAUACACUGAACCACAUGUCCAGCCUAUCAAGUCCAGUAGCAGACAAAACAUCCCGCGGUGUAGAAACUCCAUUACUUCUACCAAUGAAGAGCACCCUCACAUUGGAAACUAUCGCUUACUGAAAACAAUAGGAAAAGGAAACUUUGCCAAAGUGAAACUGGCAAGGCAUGUGCUUACUGGAAGAGAGGUUGCUGUGAAAAUAAUAGAUAAAACCCAGCUAAAUCCUACUAGUCUGCAAAAGUUGUUUCGAGAAGUACGAAUAAUGAAGAUACUGAAUCAUCCCAAUAUUGUAAAAUUAUUUGAAGUUAUUGAAACUGAAAAGACAUUGUAUUUGGUAAUGGAAUAUGCCAGUGGGGGAGAAGUGUUCGACUACCUAGUUGCGCAUGGAAGAAUGAAAGAGAAAGAGGCUCGUGCAAAAUUCAGGCAGAUUGUAUCUGCCGUGCAGUACUGUCAUCAGAAAUGCAUAGUUCAUCGUGAUCUUAAGGCAGAAAACCUUCUACUUGAUGCAGACAUGAACAUUAAAAUUGCAGACUUUGGUUUUAGUAAUGAAUUUACAGUCGGUAAUAAACUGGACACAUUUUGUGGAAGCCCACCUUAUGCUGCUCCUGAACUUUUCCAAGGAAAGAAAUACGAUGGUCCUGAAGUGGAUGUGUGGAGCCUUGGGGUGAUUUUGUACACACUAGUAAGCGGAUCAUUGCCAUUUGAUGGUCAGAAUCUAAAGGAACUGAGGGAGCGAGUACUGAGGGGGAAGUACCGCAUUCCGUUCUAUAUGUCCACAGACUGUGAAAAUCUACUUAAGAAGCUCCUAGUACUGAAUCCAAUAAAACGAGGCAGCUUGGAACAAAUUAUGAAGGAUCGGUGGAUGAAUGUUGGCCAUGAAGAAGAAGAACUAAAGCCAUAUACUGAGCCCGAACCAGAUUUUAAUGACACCAAGAGAAUAGACAUUAUGGUCACAAUGGGCUUUUCAAGAGAAGAAAUCCAUGAAUCUUUAGUAAACCAAAAGUACGAUGAAGUCAUGGCCACUUACCUGCUUCUAGGUAGAAAACCACCUGAAUUUGAAGGAGGCGAAUCCUUGUCCAGCAGCAACUUAGGUCAAAGGUCUCGUCCUAGCAGUGACCUCAACAACAGUUCUGUGCAGUCUCCCGCUCACCUGAAGGUCCAACGGAGUAUAUCAACUAAUCAGAAACAACGGCGGUUCAGUGAUCAUGUUGGUCCCUCAAUUCCUCCUGCUGUGUCAUACACAAAAAGGGCUCAGGCAAAUAGUGUGGAAAGUGAACAGAAAGAAGACUGGGACAAGGAUGUCUCACGCAAACUUAGCAGCACUACAGUGGGAUCCAAAGGAGAGAUGGCUGCAAGUCCACUUGUGGGUCCAGAAAGAAAGAAAUCAACUACAGUUCCCAGUAAUAAUGUAUUUUCUGGUAGUGGAAUGACAAGGAGGAACACUUACGUUUGUGAACGUUCUUCAGAUCGCUAUUCUGCAAUACAGAAUGGGAAGGACAACAGCCUAACAGAAAUGUCUGCCAGUAGCACAUCUUCUGCGGGCUCUGCAGUAGCUUCCGCUGUAUCAACACGGCCUCGACAUCAAAAGUCUAUGUCUGCCUCUGGUCAUCCUAUCAAAGUUACACUGCCAACCAUCAAAGAUGGCACUGAAGCGUAUAGACCAAGCAGUGCAACUCAAAGAGUGCCUGCUGCUUCCCCGUCUGCUCAUAGUAUUAGCACUACCACUCCAGACCGAACCCGCUUUCCUCGGGGGAGUUCAAGUCGAAGCACUUUCCAUGGUGAGCAGCUAAGGGAGCGGCGUAAUGCCACUUACAAUGGACCGCCCGCCUCACCAUCACAUGAAACCGGUGCUUUUGCACAUGCUAGAAGAGGGACAUCAACUGGUAUAAUAAGCAAGAUAACUUCCAAGUUUGCUCGCAGGAAUCUCAACCUUAACUUUGUUUUGAGGGAUCCAAGUGAAGGCGAAGCCAGUGGCAGAACUGACACCUCAAGGAGCGCUUCUGGGGAGCCAAAAGACAGGGAGAAGGAGGAUAGCAAAGAUUCGAAGCCACGCUCCUUGCGGUUCACGUGGAGUAUGAAGACCACUAGCUCUAUGGACCCGAACGAUAUGAUGAGAGAGAUUCGGAAAGUGUUAGAUGCUAAUAACUGUGAUUACGAACAAAAAGAGAGGUUUUUGCUCUUCUGUGUUCACGGCGAUGCACGGCAAGAUAGCCUUGUUCAGUGGGAGAUGGAAGUCUGCAAACUGCCACGAUUGUCGCUCAACGGAGUUCGUUUCAAAAGAAUAUCUGGGACUUCUAUCGCCUUUAAGAACAUUGCAUCCAAGAUAGCAAACGAGCUUAAGCUGUAAAGAGAACCUAAAUUUUUUGGGAUCAGGGAAGAUUCAUACAUGAUCUACACUUUGAAUGUACUGGUUACGCCUAAUGUGAUUGGCCUGUGAACUCCCCAUGUAGAAAUUGCCCUAAUUGCAAUAAGGUUAUACAUAGUUAUUCAGAAUUGUAAAGUUAAAUCCAGUAUGACCUAUAUUAAAUAACUGUAGCUAAAGAAGUUAUGUUCACAUGUACAGGUAAGUAUAUAGAGCAUUCUGUUCAUUUUAUGUUCAUAGAGUUGUAUAAUAAAAAGAUGACUGCUUAAAUUCAGAUCUUGUAUAGUUGUCUAGAUUUCUGCACAGAAAUGUAUGUUUGAUGCUUUGAGUUGGAAAAGUUCUUCCCUAUCAUUUACAUUUUUGGUGGUUUUUAUAAGUCUUACCUCUAUCAUGCGUUUUUUAAAAAAACUUGUGUCCCGAGUCAAAUGCACAAACAUAGUUUUCACAACUGUAGCGUGACCAUUUUUAAUUAUUUAAAGAUUGUUCAUGAUUUGAACCAAAAGUCGAUGAAGAAUCGGCUUUUGUUCUACACGAGACUGUUCCUGCUUAUCUUUGGCUCUUAUCCUUGUUAUUGGACAGUGUUUAGUU